UCAUCCAUCAGCGUUCAAAGCGGAGACUAAGCACGACGAGGACGAGCUCAGGUCUUUGAUAAGCACUAAACUGGUUUAUAGCAGACCUAUCCGGCUAAAGUUGUUGUCUUAAACUUGGAAGAUGAUUUUUUGCAAGACCUGGUUUCUUGCACUCCUGCUGCCUUUGUUAUCAGCUCAGUAUCAAGUCAACGGAGUAGCCAUCCCGGAGCAUGGAUAUUGUCAACCGACUUCAAUACCUCUGUGCACGGAUAUACCCUACAACCAUACCAUCAUGCCCAAUUUAAUGGGUCAUACUAAUCAGGAGGACGCAGGACUCGAGGUGCACCAGUUUGACCCCCUGGUUAAGGCAAAGUGCUCGCCGGAGCUGAAAUUAUUCCUGUGUUUCGUGUAUGCGCCUGUAUGUACAAUUUUGGACACGGCCAUCCCUCCCUGCAGGUUCAUCUGUGAGAGAGCCAAACAGGGCUGUGAGGCACUCAUGAACAAGAUUGGCUUCCAGUGGCCGGACCGACUGCACUGCGAGAACUUCCCUGUGUUGGGAGAUGGACAAAUCUGCGUGGGAGAUAAGGAGUCCUCUGCCACCACCACCACCACCACCACCGUCCCACCAAGCACCUAUCCCGGGAACACUGGAAUCCUCCACGGCCUCCACAACAUAUUAACUGAAAUUCAUUCAUUCAUUCAAUCAUUCAUUCAUUAAUUGAAAAGAAGAAGAAGAAGUACAUUUUUACAAACCUCAUGCAUUUUUGAUCUUAUCUUAUCUUAUUUUGUCUUGUUAUCAUCUUAUCUUGUCUUAAUUUAAUUAAUCUGGACGUCAAUUAAGUUAAACUUCAUAUGAGUACAUGAUAUAUAAUACAUUAUAUUAUUAUCAUUAUUAUAUUUGCUUUACUUUCUGUAUUUCGCAUAUCAUUUUUCUGUGGAAUUGUUUUAAAUGCAUUAUUUGUUGUAUUCUGUA